AUGAGAUCAGUCAAACAUGGAAGAAAAAAAGCUCGCCGACGUAUCAAUUACAGUAAAAGUUCGGUUAUUGCAAAAAAGAAAGCAAUGAAAAGACGAAAAGCUAUGAAUGGGAUAACAUGUAAAGAGAUGCGCACAGCUUGGAACAAGAAUGCUACAAUUAAGCAGAAUAUGAAAGUAAUGGGACUUGCUUACGAUUCGAACAAAUUGUUUCCUUUGCGUCCAAAAAUUAGUAAUCAAUGUGAAAAAAUGGAAAUGGAUGAUCCGAAACUGCACGGUUCUAUUAAAUCCCAGAUGCUUAAAGCUAAACCAGCCAGUGCUGGGUCGAAAAUCAAGAAAGUGAUUGCUGCUUUGGAAAAAGAAGCUGAGGAAGAAGAAAUUAGGCAGAAAAAAGGACGUGGAUAUCGUUUACUUGCUCGAGAUAUUGAAUUUUGUGUUUACAUGAUCGAAAGGCAUGGCGAAGAUUAUGAGAAAAUGAGUCGCGAUGCGAGGAAUAUCUAUCAGGACACACCGAAACAAAUACAGCGAAAGAUUCGUAUCUUCAUGCAAAGUCCUGAAUAUCCAGUAUAUCAAAAAAUUGUGUCACAAAUGACAUAG